AUGUGCAACUCAAAUGAAGAGUACUACAAAUUACUGGGUUCAGUUUCAGUAUUGGAGUUAAUCGGCAAAGGACUUAAUUGGUCAAAAUUAACUGAAAUGGGCAUAAAAUCAUUAAAUUAUGAUUUCAGUAAAAUAAUCAAUAAUAAUAACAAUAAUAAUAAUAAAAAUAAUAAUAAUAAUAAUAAUAAUAAUAAUAAUAAUAAUAAUAAAAAUUUUUUCAACGAAAAGCUUAUCCAGGAAGUUAGUAAAACUAUGGAAAAAAAUAACCAAGAGAACAAUAAAAAACCAGAUAAUACGAACCAAAAGGAUCAAGAUGAAAAAGUAAAAGAAUUCCUUAGUAAAAUCUCUAAUAGCAUGAACAAAGUUCAAAAAACUACAAUAACUGAUGUCAGUGGGAAAAGAUAUCAAGUUGAUUUGAACAAUGUUGAAUCAAAACCAAUAGAAAUCAAAUCAACAAAUGGUUUUGUUGUAGAUACUACACCUGAUCAAAUCUCACUAAAAAUAAUAAUACCAGAUGAAGUUUUAAAAAGAAAUGUGGAUAUCUCAAUAAAAAGCUAUAAUCUUUAUAUUGGUUCUCAGGAUUGUGCUGUUAAUAAGGAUGAUUUAAUUUCAAAAAAUAUAAAAUCAAUUUUGAAUGUAGGUUUUGGUAUAGAAAAUUUAUUUACUAAAGAAAAUAGCAACAAAAACAAAAACAACAACAACAACAAUAAUAAUAAUAAUGAACAAGGUUUGGUUAUUGAUUAUUUUAAUUGUGAAAUUUUAGAUGAUGUAUCAUUUAAUAUUAUUGAUCAUUUCGAAAAAUGUUUUAAAUUUAUCGAUAAUCAAAUGAAAAAUGAAGUUGGUUUAUUGUGUCAUUGUAAUGCAGGUAUUAGUAGAUCAUGUACAAUAAUAAUUGCCUAUUUAAUGUAUAAAUUUAAUAUAGCUUUAUCAGAAUCAUUAGAAAUAGUUAAAUCAUCAAGACCUCAAUGUAAACCAAACCAGGGUUUCAUGAAACAAUUAGAAAAUUAUGAAGUUUUAUUAAAAGAAAGAAAAUAA